GGGACGGAUAGGGGCGAGGAUAACACGUAUUGUACAGAGGCUACCUGCAAGCGGAGGAAAUGGAGUAGCCGCUGAGAAUAUAGAGAUUUCAGUAGGCAAGGAGACGUCCGUCAUAUUAACGAAGGAGCAAGUCUUCCGCGGACAUCGAGUCGUAUCUGUUGCCGAGUCCAAAAUGAUGCGCGCAACCUUGGUGACUGCCACCAGUCUGGCUCUGACUGGGGCCGUGGUGGCCCACGCCUACCUCCUCAAACUCCAGUUCUACCCCACCGUGGUCUACCUCACCAAGAGCAGCCCCAGCAUGGCGGUGUUGUACAUUCAGGCCUUUGUGUUGGUGUUCCUGCUGGGAAAGUUCAUGAGGAAGGUCUUUUUUGGACAGCUGAGGGCUGCAGAAAUGGAGCAUCUCAUCGAGCGCUCCUGGUACGCUGUGACCGAGACGUGCCUGGCGUUCACCGUGUUCAGGGACGACUUCUCCCCUCGCUUUGUCGCCCUCUUCACACUCCUGCUCUUCAUCAAGUGCUUCCACUGGCUGGCUGAGGACCGGGUGGACUUUAUGGAACGAAGUCCAAACAUAUCUUGGAUUUUUCACUUCAGAGUGUUAUCUCUCAUGGGACUGCUGGCUAUCCUGGACUUCCUGUUUGUCAACCACGCCUGUCACAGCAUCAUCAUCCGAGGAGCCUCGGUGCAGCUCGUCUUCGGGUUUGAGUAUGCCAUCCUGAUGACCAUGGUGCUGACGACCUUCAUCAAGUACCUUCUGCACACCAUCGACCUGCAGAGUGAGAAUCCCUGGGACAACAAGGCCGUCUACAUGCUCUAUACAGAGCUCUUCACAGGUUUCAUUAAAGUGCUGCUGUACAUUUCCUUCAUGACCAUCAUGAUAAAGGUCCACACCUUCCCCCUGUUUGCCAUCCGGCCCAUGUAUCUGGCCAUGAGGCAGUUCAAGAAAGCCGUAACGGAUGCUAUAAUGUCCCGGAGAGCCAUCCGCAACAUGAAUACACUGUACCCCGACGCUACUCCUGAAGAUCUGCAGGCCUCCGACAACGUCUGUAUCAUCUGUCGAGAGGAAAUGGUCACCGGAGCCAAGAAACUGCCUUGUAAUCACAUUUUCCACUCCAGCUGCCUCCGCUCCUGGUUCCAGCGGCAGCAGACCUGCCCGACCUGUCGCAUGGACAUCCUGCGCGCAACUAACAACAAUCAGACCCCGGCCGCGGCUCAGGCCCCUCCCCCUGCCCCCGCAGCCCCCGCCAACGCCCCCGUGGCCCCGCCCGCCAACAUGGCCCAAGGCAUGUUACCUGGCUUCCCCCCCGGAGUCUUCCCCUUCUGGGGUCCCUUCCCCGCGGUGCCUCCCCCCGCCGCAGCGGCCGCGGCUCCGGGCGCCGCCGAUGCGCCGCAGGCGGCCGGCACCAGCCAGGCCGCCUCGUCGACGGCAGGCGCUGCAGCUCCAGGAUCGGCAAUGCCGGGCUUCCCCUUCGCUUACCCCCCUCCACCCUUCCCCACCGCGCCGUGGCUCAUGCCCCCCCCUCCUCCCUUCGUCUCCAUGCCUCCUCCUCCUCCCUCUCUGUCCCGGCUGUCCGAGGAAGAGCUGAGGGAUAUGGAGGCGGAGGGUCGGCGGGGCCUGGAGGCCCGGCUCCAGUGUCUCCAGAACAUCCACACCCUGCUGGACGCCGCCAUGCUCAACAUCCACCACUACCUCAGCACCGUCACCACGCUCGCUCUUCCUCGGGCCGAGGCCGGCGCCGCAGCCGCCAGCGGGACCGGCGGCGCCGCUUCCCCUCCUGCGGCGGGCAGCAGCACGGACGGCCCCAGCCAGGAGAAGGACUCCUCCAGCUCUUCGAGCGCCGAGCAGGCGGACGGCGCCGCGGCAGCCUCCCCGCAGCCGGCCGACUCCACUUCCGCCGCCUCGGACACGGAGAGUAAAGAAGAGCUGGACGAGGGCGCGGCGGGCGUCGGGGAGGACGGAGAGCCGAACGCCGCCGAGCUGAGGCGCCGCCGCCUCCGCAAGCUGGAGACGUCGCCGUCGUCCUCCUCCUCCUCCUCCUCGCCGCCUCCCGACAACUGACAUCCAACGCGCGCCGACUCGGGGGACGCGCUCGUUGCUCCGGACCAGCAGGAACUCUUGAGCCGAUCGAUCGUCGCUUCGGUUCUUCGUCGCCGCUCUUCCUCCGUGGCGCUCGCCUUCCACAGGCUCAGGUUCCUCACUGUUGUCGAGUUGGACUCGGGCCACCGGGAGACGCUCACCUGGACCCGUGUCAGAAAGCAAUAGCACGACUCCUGUUUCUUUUUUUUUCUCUUCUUACCACCUCCCCUCCCCCCCCCAUCCCCGCCCCUCAGAAUGACUACUGCAAUACGAGUACUGCAGGUGUGUGUGUACGUUUAGUCAGGAGCAGAAGGAUGUCCCCGUGUCUGUGGUCGGCGUGGUGGACUCUCAUCACACGGACCGCCGACAUGGCGUUCAACAGGUGUUCACAUUUGUGUUUUGGUAGUUUUACUGUGAGGUGUUUGCCCUGCACCUUUUUUGAUUUCUGUUUAAUUCAGUUUCCCCAGGUGGUUAAUCUGGGGGGGGGGGUCCCGCCCACCACGUCAACAUGUUACACGACAUCCGGAGAAUUCAAAUGGAGGGAAGUUGAUCAGCUGCUUUUUUUGGCUUUCUCCCUUUAACGUUCGUCCCUCUUCUGUCGCCACUGCAGUCGCUGUAUCAUACUGAUUUAUUUGAAUGUGUACAUACUGUAUAAAGUUUUAAUAGGAUGAUCUGUACAUAAUACAGAAUAAACUGUUUGACUGAU